AUGGGUGUUCUGAUGUCCAAGAAGCAGCAGGUGGAGAAGGUUCAGAAAUGCAGUGCGGUGGUCUCAGCAUUUCGUGAUGGUCUGAAAAACCAGUCGAGUGCCACUCAGGCUCAGAAUAACUCUGAGAGUAAAGAUGAGGCUCCAAAACAGUCAGAAUCUGAUGAGUCUGGACGAAAAGAGGAGGACGGGAAACCUGGGCCUUCCACCGCGCCACCCAAAGAAGAGAACAAAGCCAAUCAGGAGGCCUGGGGCCGCUUACGGGAUGGGAAGGGAGUAGAGCCUGAGGAGUUAAAUAAAGUGCAUCAGCUCACGCCACCGGCCUUUAUAAGGCCGAAGAGGCAACCGAAUGAUGAUCAGCCCAUACAGAUUGACCUUGGUCAGAGAGAGCAGCCAGUGAAUGAUGAGAUGUGCGAGGUGUGUGAAGUAUGGACAGCGGAUGAUCUGUUCCCGUGUCGAACAUGUACGAGAGUGUUUCACGAUGGCUGCCUGAAGGAGAUUGGAUACCUGCGAGCUGACACUGUUCAGGAGAUGAGAGAGACAGCUCACACCACCACGGGCUGGAGCUGCUACUACUGCGACAACGUGAACUUGCUACUGACUGAAGAAGAGAUGUACAGCCUGAUGGAGACAUUCAAGCAGUGCAAGAUCAUCCCAGAAUCCUGUCUCGUCUCGGACGAGCUCCUUCAGUACAGGCACUUUGUGUCCAAGCAGCUAUUUGAGAAGGAUUUGACAGAUGAUCAGGAGGAGGAGGUGCUGGCCCAGUUCGCUGCUCUUGACCCAGAGAAGAAGGGACAGAUAGAGUGGUCAGAUUUCCUCUAUCAUGAAUCGCUGUCAGUGUUGCAGAAAUUUCGGACAGAGAACUCCCUGGUGCGUUUGCUCACAGCUAAAGAGCGUGACCGAGCACGUGCAGUCUUCCAGAGUCUGGACCAGGAUAAAGAUGGUGUCAUUACAGGCGGAGAGAGUCGGCGAGCCCAAACUUCGUGGUUCCAUAAGCACAGCAAAGAGUCGCAGUCAUGCAAUGUCAGACUCAAGGGAUUGUGUUCUCCUGUAAUGAAUAUGGGCAUCAGCCAUGUCGGCCCAAUCUCAGAGAGCAGUCCUGCCAGCUCAAGCAGUGACAAGAGCAGAGACAAAGCCGUGGAAAAGUACGACAACAGGCCGGUAACAUGGGACGCGUUCUUGCGUGAGAGCGCCAUCUACAUCCUGGCUGCUCGACCCAACAGCAGUGCCAUGCAUAUCCGCCUGCCCCUGUAA